UCGAAACUACAACCAUGCGUCAGAAAACUGGGAGCUCCGAAAUACUUCAUGUGACAUACUACAAUAAACUCGAACGAUACAUCCAACUUUUGGGGCAAGAUCCGCGUCAUAAAAAUAGCACUAGAAAUAUGAUUGUAAUAAUAGUGGUGACUAGUAUCGCAAGCGUCACUAUCCCAACGACAAUAGAGUUAUUUGCGUCGUUGCAUAAAAAGGAUAUGGAUGGAGUCAUCGAGUGUUUACCACAUUUUGUUGCAUCUUCCAUCAGCGCGGUUAAAGUAUUAAAUAUGCAUUUCAAUAAACGAAAUUUCAGUAAACUGUUCCAACUUGUGGCUAGACAAUGGCAGCAGCUGAAAUUCAACGAUGAAUUGCACGUUCUAGAGGAAGUCGUCAUGCAAGGCAACAGGAUGGCGCACUUUUAUCGUAACACUUUAGUGUCUUUUAUGGUAUUGUUCUUGCUGGUGCCACUAAUUUCUCCAAUGCUUGAUAUUGUCCAUCCAAUAAACGGAACUCGAACACGCCAACAACUGCUAAGAGUUAAUUACAUAUUUUUUAACGAUGACGACUAUUUCUUUUACAUAUAUUUACAAUUAUUUUGGAGCUCUAUCGUUAUAGUUUUCACCAUAGUAGGAGCAGAUUGGUUAUACAUGUUAAUAAUUCAUCACAGUAGUGGAUUAUUUGCGGUUUGUGGGUAA